AUGCCUCAAGAGAAAGAAAGUGAAACGCCGACGGAAUUCGAAGACGUUUUAAACCGCGAAGUGGGGCAAUUUGGAAGAUUCCAGCUGAUAAAUCUCUUUCUAUUGGCUUUCCCUGCGAUCUCAUCCGGCUUUUUAGCUGGCGAUUAUAAUUUUACUGCAGCUAGAUUACCACACAGAUGUGCUAUACCAGAGUGCGACGGGGACACUCCUGUUUACGCACCAGAUUGGAUAUUAAACGCUGUUCCAAAGACGUCCACAGGCUUCGCAGACUGUACAAGAUACGCGCCUAUCAAUACAACAGAAAAUAUAAACGACACGUGCCCCCUCCAAAUAUUUGAUAGAAGUAAAAUAAUAAACUGCGAUGGAUACGUUUACGAAAGAACAAAUUCAGUUGUAUACGACUUCGGAAUUGAAUGCCAGGAAUGGAUCAGGUCUCUAUCAAUAACACUAAACAGCGUUGGAGCAAUGGUCGCCCUCCCACUUGCUGGUUUUGUCUCAGACUACUUCGGCCGGCGUAUAUCGAUAGUUUUCUUCGCAUUCAACAUUGUUGUAGUCGGUGUAAUAAAAGCAUUCUCUGUUAACUAUUACAUGUAUCUUGCAACUCAGUUUUUGCACACCGCUAUCGGUGGUGGAAUAUUCAGCGCUGCGUACAUAAUAGCUGCAGAGAUAGUCGGUCCCGAAUACCGCGUCACAGCCAGUUGCACUAUGUCAUCAGUGUUUGCUUUAGGAUUGGCGUUAGUUGGUGCUAUCGCGUCAGUCGUCGGAAAUUGGCGUCACCUUACUCUAACAUUAUUUGUACCAGUUACUGCAAUAUUCUCCUAUUACUGGAUUGUAUGCGAGAGUCACAGAUGGUUACUGAGUAAGAAUAAAACAAAUGAAGCUCAAAUUGCCCUUGAACGAGCUGCUAGGUUGAAUGGAAGAAAGAUUGACGAUGAAGCUAUGAAAUUCCUUCUUACAGCAAUACCGCGAAGCGAUAGUAAGGAGACGAGCCAGAAUCUCAUUGUUAAAGUAAUAAAAUCACCAAUUAUGUUAAGAAGAUGUUGCACAACACCUAUCUAUUGGAUUGCGACUACGUUUAUUUACUAUGGUCUAACGAUAAAUUCCGUAAGUUUAUCAGGAAAUAUUCAUCUUAAUUAUAUAUUGGUGGCUCUAGUGGAAAUACCAGGAUUUUGGACGGCCUAUUUAGUUUUAGAUAAAUUCGGUCGUAGAAUUACGUUACUAUCCGGUUAUCUAUUGUGUGCUGCAUGUUGUAUAGCAUUUGCUUUUACGCCGACUUCGUUCUAUGGGCUAUCAUUAUUUUUAUAUUUAGUAGGCAAAUAUUGUACUGGAGUCGUAAUGACGUCGCUAUAUUUGUUUACGUCUGAGCUCUAUCCAACGCGACACAGACAUUCGUUCUUAGGUUUUUCGUCAAUGUUAGGUCGCAUUGGCACUGUUAUUGCAUCCUUCACUCCACCUUUGAUGGACUACUGGUCUGGAAUACCAUCAAUCAUGUUCGGAGUUGUGAGUACAGUAUCAGGGCUUUUGAUACUUACUCAACCUGAAACUUUUGGAAAAAAAGUACCAGAUACAUUUGAAGACGCCGAAAUGCUUGGAAAGAUCUGA